AUGCUGAAGACGUACGUGUCAAGAAUUGAUAGCGCAAAUGAAGCAGUUCAAGUACAAAAUUGCAAAGCAAAAGAUGCUACAAACGCUCUAUCCGAAACGCAAUCCCUUUCGUAUGCGGAAGUAGAACAGAAUGGUACGAAAAUAGUUGAAAGCAACUUCAUAUCUAAACCAAAGGUAGCUCCUGAAAAAGAGACUAACCAACAAAAUAGACAUGAGCAACAGGACAUGUCGGAGCUCAACAUACAGAGCAAAAAUUCUCAAAAUGACUCUAGCAAAUAUGAGGCAACACCAAAUGGCGAUUGUGCAAACAAUAUAAACAUUCCUAUGGCAGACACACGCACGAUACAGCAAAAUACCAUGUACUUUGAUAGAGAGAAGUCGCGCUGGGUACGGCAACAGAGAAGUGAGCAGGGAAAAUCGCAGCAAACGAAUAUCCAAGACGCUGAUGAAUAUUACCCGGAAGAAAACACGAACAAAAUUGAAACUAUAAUAACGUCUAAGAGACAGUCAACUACUAAUGUAAAUACCUAUCCGCAGGGGAAGAAAGAGAAGGGCAGAAAGAGAGGAGAGAAAGGGGAGGGGAGAAAGAUAGGGGAUAAAGAGGGGAAGAAAGGGGUGGAGAAAGAGGAGGGGCAGAAAGUGAGGAGAGAAAAGGGAGAAAGAUGGGGGGAUAAAGAGGGGAAGAAGAAGGUGGAGAAAGAGGAGGGGCAAAACGGGGGAGGAGGAUUUGAGUUGGGAGGGAAUUGA